UCUCUACCAGUGUGUAAAUAGAUCAUAUGACAUACUCGCCAUAGAUCUGUCCCAGAAUGGGAGGCCUUACGCAGCUCGUUGUCGUGGUACUUCUUUCUGCUGUUGGCGAUGCUAUUGGUGAUCAGAUGUCCCCCACACCAAUAACGGGUAGUACUCCUGUGCCGGUCACGAUGUUUCAGACCGACCACGAUCGGGACGGCUUCAUCAUGCAACUCAACACCGAUGUACUUGGUAUAAAAUCUAUGCUAAACAAUCUACAGUAUCAGUUUGCCAACCUACCCACAAACCCUUCCGGAACAGGUACGAAUCAUGUGGCUUUUGUGGCUUUUAAUGCUCGCAUCUCUCAGAAUCUCUCUGGUCUUGGCAAAGGCCAAAUUAUCCGCUUCGAUGACGUCAUAUUGAACAAAGGGAACGGAUAUGACGCAAGGUUGGGCGUGUUUCGUUGCCCUCAGGCUGGGACAUACCAGCUCUCUCUUUCAAUCGGGUCAUAUGGAGGAAUCCAACUUGAGAUCGUCAACAACGGAUUACAGAUCGGGAGAGUUUUCUCCUCCAGAUCAAGAUUUGGGCGAAGUGUUGAGGAUGAAGAUGGGGGAGAAUUCGAUGCUGAAGUAUAUAACAGUAGAGCGAAAAGACAACUAUCCACCACACCAUCAUAUUUAGGGCAAGCAUCAACAGGGAUACCUGCUAAUGGUCUAGGGUACGUCCAGCCUGGCUCUGAGGCCAAACCCUCCUCCGCCCAGGCCAUCGUCGACUUGAAGGUUGGGGAUGAGGUGUGGGUUCGCCACUCCUCAGAUAAUCCACACGAUAUUCUCUUUGGGAAUGGUAUGUCUACGUUCUCGGGGCACCUGCUGAGUCCCGCCAAAUGAACAGCUCCAGUCAGGAAAUAAAGUCAAAAUAGAUA